GUUGGGGGCGAUUUGGAUCCUCCUCCCAUGGCGGAGGAUCUGGACGAGAAGGCGCGGCGCGUCCGGGAGCUCCUCAGCAGCUUCUACAAGUCCGACGAGUCCGAUUCCGGUGACUUCGAUCUGGAUGCUCCCGGCGAUGGAGGUGUCAGCGCCAAGCGCCGGGAUACUCUGCUCCAGAUCAACACCAAGGGUUUCGAGCCGGAGCGCUACAUGGCUUCUCUGGUCAGGAAAACGAAUUUACCGACCUUGCUCAAGAAGCACGUCGAAAUGGCCGCGGAGAUCAAGAACUUGGACAGUGACAUGCAAAUGCUGGUGUACGAGAACUACAACAAGUUCAUCAGUGCGACAGACACUAUCAAGGUGAUGAAGGAUAAUGUCGCGGGCAUGGAAUCCAACAUGCAGCAGCUUCUGGAAAAGGUGACAGCAGUGCGAACGAAAAGUGAUAACAUAAACGCCUCGCUGUUUGAGAGAAGAGGACGGAUAGAAGAAUUAAAUGGUACACGAAGUCUCCUGCGGAAAGUCCAGUUUGUUUUUGACCUCCCAAAACGCUUGAGGAAGUGCCUGAAAGAAGGAGAUUAUGCUCAGGCGGUGAAGUUUUACGUGGGAGCGAGCCCAGUAUUAGAGACUUAUGGUAGCUCGUCUUUUAGAACGUGUAAACAGGAGAGCGAGGAGGUGAUUGCGACGAUCUCAAAGCGCCUUCAGGCCAAGUUCUUAGCAGAUUCUGAACCAUUGCCUGGGCGAGCUGAAGCAGUGGCCUUGCUUCAACAACUCAAGUUCCCGGUUGAUGUUCUGAUGGAUGGGUUCUUGACAAGCAACAUGAAACACCUUUUAGAACUUCAAACUUUGUCGCACAAAAGCAAGUCUCCCGAUGACGCAAAGAAAUUUAUUACCGAAUUUACUCAAACAGCAACGGCAUUUCGAUCCAUAUUUCCAACGGGGGAAAGUCGUCUUAACGAAGCUGCGAAGGAUCUUUUGGACAAGUACUUUGCAAACGUCAAUGUAUCGUUGCAGCCGGAAGCUGGAAGCCUUUCUGCCGCGGAGUUGAUUUCCUUACUAAAAAGUUUAUCUGCUGAUGUAGCCAAGAUGCACGAAGUGAUGCCGGAAGCCGGGUUUAUUGACGGUGCCAUACAGGCUGUCGAGUCGGCUGUUAAACAACACGUCAACCACAAGUUCAAGGUGCUAUACGCCCAAGUAACAGGUGCUCUUUCGGAUAUUCACUCUCCCAAGCAAGAGCAGGCCAAGGACCAGCAAAAGCCGUUGCUUCUAUCCCUUGAAAACGUGCAAAAUUUAAUUGUUAAUGGGGGACUCGAAGUUCUGAAGGACCUCACUCAACUAUUAGAUGACAGUGUGGAUUUUCUGGUCAGCUGGAGGGACGCUUAUAUUGACCUCGUUCAAGGCGGUUUUCAAGAGUUUUUUGGAUCUCUUGUGGACCACUUCAUCUC